GGUUCAAGUCACGGCUGACGAAAGAAUUCCUUCAUUCGAAACCUCGCCAGUGUGGUGGUGGGUGCGUACAUGUGUGUUCUGUGUUUGGUUUUGCCGUCGUUUUUGCGUUAAUUAGGCGUGGCCGAGUUUUGUUUUGGAGUGUUUGAGCCGUGCAGUCGUGAAUUUAAUAGUGUGAGUGUGUGAGGAGUGUGAGAUUCGCGUAAUGCGUCUGUGGUUGGUGCGCGAGUCGGAAAGCAGCAGACCUUAGUGUACAUUGUGUGUGUGUGUGUGUGUGUGUGUGUGUGUGUGUGUGUGUGUGUGUGUGAGCAAUUUCGCCUAUCCUUUUUGGCGUGGUGAAGCUCGCCCCUUCCUUCUCACCGCAUCGAUCAACCCUCCCCCUCCCGCAUACACACACCCACCUUCGAUCAACCUGUCUGCUGUUGCUGCUGCAACGAUCAACUCAUAUAUCAAAGCCACCUCACGAAGCGUUCACCUUCACCCACGCAAACAACAAUAGCCGCCCUACCCCUUCUCACGUCUCCGAGUGCGCUGGUGUUAGUCUCGUGCGCCAUUUCCACACUUUAGCAUGGCCGUCAGUCGCCGCCGCCCGUCAUCAGCGCCAUCCUCUAUCAGUGCGUACACCCGAACAGCGGCCCCCACACUCGGCAUGGUGAAGUGCUAGUAGUGUGCGUGUAUUUGUGCGUGUGGGCGGAUUAGUGAUUAGUGUGCGUGUGCCCGAGUGUCUGGCCUCAUUUACGCAGGCGAUCGCGGUGUUAGUAGUGUGUGAUUAGAAAGCAAGCAAAGGGCUAAUAUAAUAAAGAGCAAAAGAACGAAUAAGUGAGCAGAUGAUUUAAUGCCAAAAAUAGCGGCAAAUGCAACUACAUCUACAUGUACUGUUUUUAACCAACUCAUGUCAAAGAGAUGCCCCGCACCAAUCUUCGCACAACAAAGGCCCGUGUACACAUGAACGGGUGGAAGUGAGUGUAGAGGAGCAGUGAAGUGCCCGACGACCGAGGGGCUGUCCCCCUCUCAGCUCAAUCUACCUCAACACACACCGAGUGACAACCAAAAGAAGCAAGAAGGUAGAAGGAAGGGAAGAAACAACAACAGCAACAGCAAACAUAAAUAAAAACAAACAGAACGGAAUCAGGACGUGCGCGCGCACCCUUCGUGUGUGCACGCACGUGAACGAAAGUGCUAAAUUAUGCCAAAAAGCUCCAGCAAUGCAGAUCUACCACUCGGCUGGGAAAUUAACACUGACUACGAUGGCAAGGUUUACUUUAUCGAUCAUAUCAACAAGAAAACGACCUGGAUCGAUCCGCGUGACAAACACACGAAACCGGAAUCGUUCGCCGACUGUAUCGGGAACGAGCUACCUUUCGGGUGGGAGGAAAGCUAUGAUCCACAGAUCGGUACCUACUACAUCAACCACAACACGCAGACAACCCAGCUGGAGGAUCCGCGGCUGCAAUGGAAGAGCAAGCAGGACGAGAUGCUGCGGGAGUAUCUCUGCUCAGCACAGGACACAUUGGAGGCCAAGAAGGAGAUACUGAGCGUUAAGACGCAGCGCCUGCAUCUGGCGCAGGAGGAAUACAACCAUCUGAAUGCGCUCGCCGCCAGCCGUACUAGUCUCUGCUCGUCGACCAGCUCCUGCAGCACCAAGUUCGAUCCAGAGCUGCUACGGGCGGAUCUAGCCAUCGCAAAGGAGCGCGUUUUCCGGCUAAAGAAGGAGCUGUCCCGGAUACAGAAGGAGAUGCACAGCACGCAGAAAGGAGUAGAUACGCUCGCCAGCGUGGAGCAGAAGCUGAACGCACACGUUAAUGGUUGCUACAACAUCAGCGAAGCGCAAGCCAUCAUGGAGGAGGUGAAGAAAAUCCAGAAGUCGCUGAUCACUGGCGAGCGGGAGAAGAAGGAACUGAUGAAGAGUUUGGCGCAGGUUAAGGACGACCUGACUCGACUGCAGCUGCGCCAGGAGAGUCCGGACGCGUCCACGUUCAACUUGGCGCAGGACCGGAUCUGUGCCGCGUCCCAGACCGACUUGUCAUCCGAGCACUUCCCGAUGGGAGCGCGCGAAAUGGCAAAAAUGCGCCAACGAUACGACGAGUGGCGCCGGCGCGUGAAGGAAAUCCAGGAACAAUUGGCCGCGCUCGAGGAAAAGAUACGGCCCGGCGAGCUUGAGUCGGACCAGGACCGGCUGUUACUGUUCCAGGAGAAAAAGCAACUGCUGCUGGAGUACCGCAGCAUUACGCCCAAGUCGCGCUCGCCGACUGAGAUGCGCCGGAUUCAGAGCGUCUGUCGGCAGCUCGAGGAGGACCUGAACAUGGCCUACGAGGAAUCAAACCAGUGCAUCGCGAACCGGCUGAAACUGCAUGAAGAGAAGCAGGCGCUGCUGCAGCAGCUGCUCGAGGCACUGAAGGAGUUUACGCACCUGGAGCACCAGCUCAAGUCGCUAUCCGCGAGCACGCUGUCGAUCAGCAGCAGCUCCAGCCUCGGGUCGCUUUCGACCGCAUCCAGCAAGGGUUCGCUUAGCGGGCUCAGCUUCACCGACAUCUACGGCGAUCCGCUGUCAGCCGAGCCGCAGAUCGACAUGGUCGACAUGAACAGGCGCGUCCAGCGCCUUUUCCAUCCGAGCUCGGAGGUGACGUCGCUGUCGCCGCGCAGCAGCCUCUCGACCGAAACACCACCCGUCUCGCCGAUGAAGAUGGACUGGGUGGCGGUAGUGACAGCUGCUGCCGCUGCUGUUGGUGGGUCGGACGCACCUUCCACCAACCCAGCCUCCGUUCAUGCUGCCAUCAACACUACUGCCAAGCUAACGGGUGCGGCCUCCGGGCCGAGUUACGCCAUACCCGGCACAUCGCAGCCGGUCGUCCCGAGCUAUGCCGUCGCGACGGGCGUGGCAAGUUCCGUUUCCAGCACUACCACCUCCACCGAAUACAAUCUCGACCGGCAGCGGCUAGAGGAGCAGCUACAGGAGCUGAAAAUCCGUCAGCUCGGUAUCGCGGGCGGGCCGCUCUCGCCGAUCUACGAGAAGCCGCCGUACCUGGAACCGGCCGCCUUGCUCAGUCGCUCCUCCUCCACCUCGAAUACGCGCUCCGUUUCUACGACGGUCAGCGACGAGUCUGUUGCGGGAGACUCCGGCGUGUUUGAGGCGUCUCGCGGGCCGCCCCCGCUGCUCGCGCGCGAGUGCGCCCAGGUGCAGAUUGGGUUGCGGUACGUAGCCGCUGACGGCGUCCUCUGUAUCACGAUCGAGCGGGGCAGCAAUUUCGGGGCACUCGGGCCGCCCGCGGGCUGCCAGCUGUUCAUACGCGCGAUGCUGCUGCCGACCCCGUCCGGUCCUGGGUUGGUGCGCACGGGCACGGUGACUGAUCUCGUCCGGCCGACGUUCAAGACGAUGCUGGUGGUGCCAUUGUCGCUCGACAAGGUGUACGCCAAAUCACUGCACGUCAAGGUAAUGGUGCUAGUCGGCCAGCGGGAGGACUGGAUCGGCAGCACGCAGAUUAGCCUGGCCGAAUUUAAUGCGGGCGACGCGACCACCAGCCGCUGGUACAAUAUCGUCAGCCGGAAGUCGAUGAACGAGUCGGAUCUGCUGGAUGGGGGCGCGCGGGAAGAGUCGUCCGACGAAUCGACCAUCAUCUCGUCCCAGACGUCCACGCUUACGCGCAACCAGGGCCAGGACGAGCUGCAGGCCGUGCUGGAGCUGGUGUACGACGAGCUGUCGAACGACGACGAGGACGACGACGAGGAAGAGGACGAAGAGCAGGGUGACGAGGAUGAUAAAGAAGAUGAAGAAGAGGAGAACGGAGAGGAGUUGCUAUACAAAAAGGCGGUCGAUGACGCUGGUGAGCCAGUCGCUAGAAUGAUGGGUCGUCGACGCGGCAAAGAUCUGCAACGGAUAGUCAACUCGGUGGAAGAGGAGGACGAAUGCGAGGAGCAGCAAGAGCAGGAAGGCUGUGCAUCUUCGGAGGCUACCGAGAUGAUGAUACAGGAAUACAUGAACAGCGUGAAAGAACAGUGCGGAGACGCCGGUGACGUGGGCGAGGAUGCUGAGGUGAACCGUACCGUACCGCAGCCCUCGUCCGUCCAGCGCGUCGACAAAGAAACGAACACCGAAUGUGCCUUCCUGCCAGAGCGGAGCCGCCGGCGGUUCCCCGACCCGAACGGUCCGGCACGCUCCUCCACCAUCGAGGAGGGCUCGGUCGUGGACGAUCGGUUGGUGAAACGAUCGCAAACUUUCUCACCAAGUGCCGUAGCUAGCAAAACCCGAUAUAUCUGCCGGUUGAACCGGAGUGACUCCGACUCGGCGAUGCACUUCAACAACCAGGUGACGCCCCAUCCGUUCAAACGCGGUUCGGUCGAGCGACGCUCGCUGCGCUAUCAUAACCGUGUCUCCAAGAUCUAUCACAAGAUGCAUCCGGCAGUGCCGCGCACCAGUCUCGAUCUCGAGCUCGAUCUGAAGGCCCAGCAGACGAAGCUGGAAACGCUCACCGACGAGAUCGGGCGGCUGCGGGAGCUGAAGCACCGGCUCGAGCAGGCCCGCGACAAUAACGACGUCAAGGUGGCAGCCUGGGCGCUCGAGAACGAGGACUUCCUACGGCUGGUAAAGGCGGUCAAUGCGGUCACGCCCGAGGAGCGCCAGCUGGCGAAGCUGCUGAUGAAAACUUCCAAGGAGAUCUACAAGUUGCGCAAGACGAAGGUCGGCAAAGGCAAGCUCGAUUCAAUCUCGUUCAAAGAAAAGAUGGCAUUCUUUACGCGUCGUGGAGUGUCCGUGCCGGAGCUGCCGUCGGAAAUCUUUCCGUCGUCUACCACGCAGGCCACCAUCGGACUGAUGCGGUCCGCUUCAGAGCGAGAUGGGGACAAAUGUGGCGGCAGCCGUACGCCGACCAACGGUACAAUGGCAGCACACCGGUUGGCGACAACCAGUAUCGGUACCGGCACAGAUCCGGAAUCGGAUAUCAGUGCUGCCUCUUUCUCGUACAACGACGUUGACCGUACGUACGGUGUGGAGGUGUGAGGUUGACAGGAUCCGACACACACAAGUGUACAGACAAGGAUUGUUGGUCUAGAAUUAAACGUCGUAGCCGAAAGCAAAUGAAGAACAAGUGAAAAUGAGUGACCAAAGGCUUGCAUGCAUUUAAUCAUAAA